AUGGGGGCUUACAAGUAUGUCGAAGAACUUUGGAAGAAGAAGCAAUCCGAUGUGAUGCGAUUCUUGCAGCGCAUUCGCGUGUGGGAGUACCGUCAGCUUCCGUCCAUCUGCCGCGUGACGCGCCCGACGCGCCCGGACAAGGCGAGACGCCUUGGGUACAAGGCCAAGCAAGGUUUCGUCAUCUACCGCGCCCGCGUGCGCAGAGGUGGCCGCAAGCGCCCUGUGCCGAAGGGCCAGGUGUACGGUAAGCCGGUGCACUGCGGUAUUACCAAGUUGAAGUUUGCGCGCAACUUGCGAUCCGUCGCGGAGGAGCGCGCGGCGCGACGAUGCGGCGCGCUUCGCGUAUUGAACUCGUACUGGUUGAACCAAGAUUCCGUGUACAAGUACUAUGAAGUGAUCAUGGUGGACCCGAUGCACAAGUGCAUCCGCAACGAUCCGCGCAUUAACUGGAUCUGCAACCCGACGCACAAGCACCGCGAAAUGCGCGGUCUUACGUCGGCGGGCCGCAAGUACCGCGGCUUGCGCGGCAAGGGCCACAACUACACCAAGUCUCGCCCGUCCAAGCGCGCGACCUGGCGCAACAACAACCGACUCUCCCUCCGUCGUUACCGUUAA